AUUUAAAAAGUAGGAAUAACGGGUUGUGUUUAUUCCACCCGCUGCUUUUCUCAGCUGUAGGGUUUCGGAGUUACUGGCUGCAUGUGUUGGGGUUCUUCCAGGCAUCCCCCCCACGUGUCCCUCUCCUCCCCCGCUGGCUGCAAGAGGGAAAGUUCCAGAGGGAAAAAGGUGAUGGUGACAGCAAAAGCAGAGCAGUUUUGCUGGCGUGGCACAGGUGUGGGAAUGGCAGCGGUUGGGCAAAGUCCCUGUGGAUUUCAUGGAGAGCGGGAGCCCCUCUCCCUCAUCUGGUUAAUGAGCUCAGCCCUGGCAGAUCCCUGUGCCUGGCUCCGGCCGCUGCAGCGGGAUCACUCGUCCUGCUCUGCAGCCCUCCAGCCGGAAUUGAACUCGGAGCUAGGUGAAACAGGGCGAUUGCAUCGUGCCCCGUGGUGUCACCCGAUCCUGUGGUAAUAGCAGUGCCAGUGUCACAAUAUCCCCACGGUGGGGAGUUGCAGAUCCCCGAGGCUUUGGGGAAAGGGAAAGAAGCAGUGAGGAAAUGUCAGGACUCACAGGAUCCUGGAUUUCUGGCCCAGCUUGUCCACCCAUAACGCUGUCACAGCUGGGAAGGGAUCCCAUGCCUACAUCACCCUCCCACACAGCAUCUCCCAGGGAGAUGGAUUCAAACACCACCCUCCCAAGAGAUCCCUUUUGGAUGGAAAAUAACCCAGUCUGGGGUUUUCUUCAACUCGAAGGAAGCUGUUUUGCCUGGAUCUAAGUGCUGGCAAAUGUAAUUUGUACUGCAUGUCUUGGAAAUGACCCCAAGGCCUUAUCCUGGGGAUGGAAAUGACGUGGGGGAGCUGCUUCCAAGGGUGCAAGCAGGGAGGGAAGCACCGAGGCUCCCGUGGGAGUUUCCAGAGGAAUCCAGGGAAGCAGUGUCCUUGGGAAGCGAUGAAUUGCUGAAGCUCACAGGAGAAAGUCGCCAGGAAGGCUCAGUGAGGGGUGCAGCCUCAUUUGUGCUGUUUUGGGCUGAGCUGGGGAGCUCUGGUCCCCUCCCAUCAAAGCUGCAGCACCACCACUGGCUCGCUCCCUUAUCUCCCCCACAAGUCUCCCCCCAUAUCUGCUCUCUUUCCCCUGCUGUUGAUGUGGCUUUUUUCUUAUCUCCACGUGCUCUUCCUCCAUUUCCUCCUUGGCUUCUCUGCUAACGCUGCCACAAAAGAAAAAAAAAAACAACCAAAAACCCAAAAAUGGCAGAGAUCAUACUGCAGGGAGUCCAUCCCAGGGCUUGGGGUUGCUGGGCUGUGCUGGGUGACAGGGUGUGUUUGGCCAUGCUGGGAGGGUGCUGAAUGAUGCUCAGGUUUGUCCUGAGGCUGCUUGGGUGACGUACAGGAUGCUCAGGUGAUGCUGGGGGGUCCUGGUUGAUGGUCCAAUGCUGCUCUUGGGGCUCAGGUGAUGGCCAGGUAUCUCAGUGGGACGCUCAGAAGAUGCUGGGUGAUGCCAGACGGUGCUCAGAGAACACUUGGGGUUCUCAGGGAUGCAGGGCAGUGCUGGGACAGCCUGGGACAGGCUGCCAGCUCCACCUGCUGGCACUCACCACCUGUCACUGCGGGCCAGCGCCCACCCCACAGCAGCCCCAAAUCCCCUAAGGGAGAGGCUGAGCGGCUGCCUCGGGGUAAAAACCUCACCUUACUUUACAAGGUGAAGCCGGGGAUGGGAAUUUUGGGCAAUCUGUGUCUAUGUCUGGUAGCUCCUCACCUGAGCUGACUCAGCUUUGCUCCCUGCUGCCUGCAACAGACACUGUUUGAGCUUAGGAACCAAGGCAGCCGGAGCUUUCCAGGGCUUUUCCAAGGGGACAGAUGGAGAAAUGCACCACCAGGACUCCCCCCACUGGCAGGGAGGGAUCGGAUCCUGUGGAAAGGGGAGAUCCCUGCACAAUUCCGGCCCUCACGACUGGCCAUGCUGUAGAAAAUGCACAAAAGACUGUGUGUCUCCGAUUAAUGCACACACAGUUAUUGGAUCUGCAGUGACGUUCCCCUGUGGAAAUGGACUCAAGAUUCCCCAUCUUGAUCCGAGGCCUGCCUGAUACACUAAAAAUUCGUGCUAAGAUUAUCAGCUAUUUAUACUUAUUUGUGUUUUUAUCAAAGGUAACUCAUUUGGAGACCAACUAUCAGUCCAACAACUUUUAUACAUUGUUAGUUUAAUUUUUGUUACGUUUAUUUUGUCUUUUUACUUGGGGAAAAAAAAAAAUGUGGGAAAACCUUUUUAUCUUAUGGAAGUGUAACUAUUUCUCAACCAAUCUUAGCCUGGGAGUUAGUGCAAGGACUUAUGCAUAUUUGGAACAAAAAAGAUAGGUACUAACCUUCCACGCACUGCCUCAGGAGGCUUGAAAUUUAUGAUGAUAAAGCUACAUUUUUCAGAGAUAUUAACAGCAAAACUAAUGGAAUAACUAAUAAAAAAAGAAAAGUCACAUGACCUUCUGUCCCAUUAUAUUGAAAAUCACCACCAUGGGAGAAGAUUUGGAGCGAGCAGCAGCAGGAGAAGAGAACUGGCGGGAUGUUUGAGUGGUGUAAGAGGCUGGAAUGUUAAUGGUUAACGCCACAAACAAUGGAGCAUGUGCUGGAACUGCCCAGGUGCGGAUGGGUGCACACCCAUCAGAGCCUGCAGUUGCCUGUUGGACAAGAUAAGGGAAGAGGCUGAUAAAAGAUAAAUCCUGCCAAGUGGGAUGGUGCUUUUUGGUCCUGACAAUGUCCCUACACCAGUGGCUCAGCUGUGAAAACUCCCCUUACUGGGACUUAUCUCUAACUUAUAUCUCAGUUAGCCUGCAGAUAUUCAUCCCCUUGGAUGGGCCAUAAUUGAGUCAUGCACCAGCUGUACCCAGGUCUUAAAAGGUGUCACAGGAAAACAAAAACUCUGAGGUGUCCCGUGAUCCACGGCAUGACAUCACCCAGGGUAAAACUCCCUGCCCCAGGGCAGGUACCUGGGCGUUCCCAGUGAGCCUGAGCAUUAUAUGAACCCAUGGAACUUGGUGUUUCCUGUGCUUCCCUCACCCCAGAUAGGUCAUGGCAGUGGAAUUGUAACCUCCCGGUGUUGUUGGAAGGGUGGUGGGACCUUUCUACUCUUACCCUUCCCUUUCUUUUCCUUAGGCAUUUCUUGAAGUGUUAUUUUUACGCUUUGUAUUGUUGUAUUACAGUAGGUAAUAACAAAAACGACUCCACUGCAACCAAAUCGUUCUAAAAUAAACCCCAUGUUUUUAUAUAUAUUCAUAAACACCAGUCAUUCAGCAUUGUUUCAUUCUAAUCAGCCCCAGGGGAUCAAUUAAAAAGAACCUGAGUUACCCUGUCUUGGGUUGCAAUGCAAGAUGUAACCAGAAGUGUGUAUUCUAUUACCAGCUGUUAAAACCAGGUGUGGCAGUGUUCUUUAUCUAUUCUAGACCUAUCCUCCCUCAAGGGGGGAAAACCUUCUGUUAAUGGGCCAUUGAGUCUCACUGCAUGACUGAUAAAGUUCCAUCAUCCCACUGGGAGAUGCUCCACCGGGGGGAGGAGCCAAACAUUUCUCCCUGGAUAUAACCGGAGACUCCGCACACCACAGGCAGCCUUUCUCCACUGGACUCCCAGAGGAGAGACUGGAGCCAUGUACCCCACCACUGGACCUUCAGAGGCAAACUACACCCUUCUACAGGAUCAUUUCUUCAGCAGAACCAUCUGUCUUUCCAGGAGGACUGCAGCCACCAUUUAAUGGAUCUGCUACCAACAUCCUGACCGACAGAGUGUCAGGUUGUAUUCUGACUCUGUCAGCGAGUUGUUUUUUUGUUGGGUUUUUUUUUUGUACUACUGCGUUUUUAUUUUAAUUUCCUUAAUAAAGAACUGGUAUUCCUAUUCCCAUAUCUUUGUCUGAGAGAACCUUGAUUUUGAGAUUAUAAUAAUUCGGAGGGGGCAGUGGUUUACAUUUUAUGUUUUCUUUUCCAAGGGAGGUUUGUGCCUUCCUUAGCAGACACAUGUCUUUUCAAACCAAGACAACCCUCACCUUGUGGGGUGGGCUGUGACCCUCUCUCAUCUUGUGCCACCACAGGCUGCUGGCUGUGGGGACUUCACUUUGCUCAUGGCUUAUUCUCUCUCUUACCCAGGAAGGCCAGCGCACCUCUCGCGUGGGGACACCGGCACCAUCAUAUAAAUGGCCUCAAAACGGUUCUCGCAGUCUGCAGAGCCCGUGGUUUUGAACAAGCUACCUCGUCUGGAGCCCACCGCCAGCUUCCUGCCCAGCAAAAUCCCAGGCACAUCCAGCCCCGUGCCCCACUCUGGCUCUGAAAACCAUUUCAGCUACAAGGGCUCCUACUUUGCCUGCCCGCUGCAGAGCCCUGAGGGUCCCGAGCAGCCCCCGGCUGGCUGGAGCCCCGUGCCCGCCUACCUGCACUACGGCUCCGGUGCCCUGGGCCGGCCCGUGCCGGCCGAGGGGCCACCACUGGGCUUCCUGCUGUACCCAGCGGACAGCCCGGGCACCAGGCUGCAACCCCCGGACGCCCAGAAGAGCAAAGACAGCCUGAGCCAGGAGCAGCUGAUGGCCAGGAAGAAGCUGGACAGCCCUAGGUGCCCCUUGCCGGUGAAGAAGCUGGUGGCGGUGAAGAAGGCAGCCCCUCUAGCGGUCCCCAAGCCGGUGUACAGAACCCCCGCCUCCUUCCUGGCUCCCAGGAUGGCUCUGCUGCUGGGAACACAAGCAGAGAGUCUGCAGCAGCGACCAGGGGAGGCAAAGUGGACCCUGCCCCCCACCACCCCCCCUCUGCACCCCAGAGAGCCCCACAGGAGGGGUCCCUGCUCUGACCACAGCCUCCCACCGCUGCCCUCCAGCCUGGCCCUGCCUUCCAAGGAGCAGCUGGGCUCCCCCGUCGCCUUACCCCACUACUGUGUCACCUUUGAUAAAUACAGGCCACCCCCCAGCACCCCGUUCCUGGAAGCAAGUUGUUCCUCUGCCCAGAGCCAGAUGAAGGUGCCGGAGGUCCCCAGCCUCAGUCUGGACCCCUGGCCCAAGCUCCAGCCACCUGAUGCCAGCCCAGUGACCUGGGAGCGGUCAGCAAUGUGCUACCCACCCCCCCCCUACCCACUGUCACCCCACAGAGCUGGUCCCCUCUACCACUCUCCAGCUCCCACAGUGGGGGAGCCCAGUGCCCUGCCUGGCUUUGGCUACGUGGGAAGCAGGGAGCCCUUUCCUGGCACCUACCUCAAGACCCAAGCCCCCAGGAGUUACUUUCCCAGCCCCCUGGAGCCCUACGUGCCAAGGACAGUGGGUGCCAGGCUGGGGGCAGCGCUGAGGGAUGCUGAGCUGCCCAGGGAUGCCGAGCUGCCCAGGGAUGCUGAGCUGCCCAGGAAUACCAGGUACCCAGGGUUUGCCGUCAGCCCGGGAGAUACAUCCCUGUUCCACACCUCCUUUCCCAGCAGGGAGCCGGGGUGUGAGCAGCAUGGGGCAGACAGUCUGCAGUGGCCAGCAGCACCGAGGCACAGCAAUGCUUUCCAGCCUGUCUGCGCCUCAGAGACACUUUCUGGGGGCUCUGGCAGGCUCCCUGAGACUUCUCCCAAGAGAGGAGGGAGCUGGGAAAAACCCAGGCAAGAGGAGGAGGAGCCCCUGUACCCAGGGAGGAGGAACAGCAGCCCGUUCCCUCAGGACACCUCCCGUGGGGGACCAGGGGAAGGAAAUGCCUACAAGGUCAAGGAUCCAGCCGAGGAGCUCAUCCGCCCUUCUCCGUCUGUGACCCCCACCAAGGGGCUGGAAGACCUGAGGGACACCAAGGCUUUGUCAUCCUCCCCACCUAUGCCUGUGAUCCACAACGUCUUCAGCCUGGCACCUUUCCAGGAGUACCUGGAGAUGGCCAAGGGCUCAGACCCCAUCCUGUUCUGCAGGAAGCAUCUGUGGGAGGACUCCUCACCCCAAAACACAGGUGGCAGCCAGGAGCCUGUUGCCCUCAGAGACGUCUCAGUGGUGUCCAGCCUGAGCUCGGGCAAUGGUGCAGUGCAGAGCCAAGGGAACAGCUGUUACAGGAGCAUCCCUAAAAAGCCAAAGUCUGUGUCCCAAGAGCUGGAGUCUCAGGAGGGCAGCCCUGACGGGGUGGGCACUGAGGAGCCGCCACCUGAGGACAUGGUGCUGGACCUUAGCUUCAAGAAGAGACUGGCAGAAGCUGGGGACACCCAGAGACCCACAGGGUGUGAGGAGGAGACGCUGGACCGAGAGGAUAAGGAGGAGAAAGAGGCUACAGGGGUCAAGGUGGAGUUGGGAGAGGGUGCACAGUCCCGGCUGCCUGAGGCAGACUCCGGGGACAGGAGCAGCUUCCAGAGCUCUGCCACCUUCAUGUUCCAAAAAUACAAGCUCCUCACCCCCACGCCGGCUCACCCAGCCUCCUCUCCAUCCAGCCUCGCUCCGUUGUCGCUGCCUGGCCCCCAGCUCAGCAUCAUCCUUGGCCCAAACCUUCCCCAGGGGCUGCUUCCCAAAGCCCCUGCCGCCCCGGGGGAGGAGAAGGUCUCGGUGGCCAGGCAGGUUGGUGGUGUCCCCGCACAGACCCCCUCAGGGCAGUACUUCACCACCCUGCACACCUCGCUCUGUGACACGAUUUCGGGCUCGGUGUCCCGCUCCUCCCCAGAGCUGCUGCGGCAGUGGCUGGAGAUGGCUGAGCCGGCAGAAGAGCUGGGAGAGAUGCCUGAAUCCCUGCCCAAAAAUGGCUCCAAGACUCCCAAUCCUCAGAAGCCCAGCAAUGGCAAGGAGAUCUGGCUGGCUUUCCAGGACGUGGCCGUGCUCCUCACCAACCUGCUCUCCCAGCUGAAGACCUUUAUGUUCGCUUGCCCUUUCCCCCACGUCGUCCGGGCGGGAGCCAUCUUCAUCCCCAUCCAUGUGGUGAAGGAGAAGCUCUUCCCGAAGCUGCCCGGGAGCUUUGUGGACCAAGUGCUGCAGAAGCACAAGGUGGAGCUGCGUCCCACCACCCUCUCAGAGGAGAAGCACCUGAGGGACCUGGAGCUGAAGAGCUGCACCUCCCGCAUGCUGAAGCUCCUGGCGCUCAAGCAGCUUCCCGAAAUCUACCCCGACCUGCUCAACCUCCACUGGUACAACUCCAUCCAGCAGCAGCUCGGUUCAAGCUCAGAGACUGGCCAGCAGCCUUCCAAGUAGGUAGCCCUGGCGUGGGGGCACUGAAAGCUGAUUGCAAAGCGACAGCCACGGACAGAUCAAGGAAAAGGAGACACUGAGGAAUGUGUCGAGGGCAACAGCCAAAUGAUGAUGGGAAUGGGAAGCUCCCGAGUCCCCAGAGCUGUGGAUGCUGAGACCACCAGCAGCCCUGCAGACAGGUGCUCAGCUCCCACCAGCAUCAGGAUCCUUCAGGAUUUUGAUACCUUGCCAGGGACCCUCUGGGGAUGCUGCUCAGGUGGAGAACAGCUCAGUGAUGCUCCAGGGACACACACAGAGACGCUGGUGGGUUAUCCAGGCCCGCGGACAUGGGCUUGAGCCCCUCACAGCAGCUGGAGCUGCUUUUCUUUGAAUGGAUCAUCUUUUAGUGCAUCUCCCGCCUCCAUCCACGAUUGCCCUGGUGAGCUGAGAGGGAAUGGCGGGAGUUCCAGUGCAGCUGGAGCAAGAGGAGCAUGGAAAUGGCCACAACACCAUCCCAGCCUUAGAAAAAGGGACUGCAGUGAUGACAUCCCACCUCUCUCCUCUGAAUCCCCCCUCCUGCUUUAUAUCCCAAUUUGUUUAGGGUAUUAUCCCAAAUAUUUAUCCCAAUAAACCCAAAGUAAUCCCAAGUUAUUAUCCCAAAAAACAUCCCCUUCCUCUGGAAUUUUCACCUUUAAAGUGCCACAAAGACCUGGCACCAACAGCAAGGGCAAGGGAAUUGUGACUUCCAUAGUCCCAGGACUUAGAUUUUUUUUUUGUUAAAAAUGAAGACAUUUUACAAAUGUUCUGGAUUUACCUUUAUAAGGAACUGCUGCCUUCA